UUGGUACAAGCCUAUCAAGAACUUGGAAAAGAAUUAAACUCAACUCAACUCAAAGUAGUUGGUAAUUACACCCUUGGCAGGGUCAUCGGUGAAGGUUCCUUUGGUACUGUCCGUAUUGGUAUUCAUCGACUAACGGGCACCCGAGUAGCUAUCAAACACAUCCCCAAAUCUUCUUCACCUCCUCUUCUUACUCGAGAAAUACAUCAUCACCGAAGACUUCAUCAUCCUAAUGUGGUUCAACUUUACGAGGUCAUCGCUACUGAACACUCGAUCUGGUUGAUCACUGAACUCUGUGCAGGGGGAGAAUUGUUUGAUUACCUGGUUGAAAAGACUCGCUUCACUGAAUCUGAAACUAGGAGAAUCUUUGGUCAAAUUUGUCUGGGCUUAGGUUAUGUUCAUCGGGCAGGCGUGGUACAUCGUGAUUUGAAGCUUGAAAAUGUCUUGCUUGAUGAGCGUUGUAAUCCAAAAUUGGCCGAUUUUGGCUUUGGGAGAGAAUUCGAACAAAGAAAACUAUUGGACACCUUUUGUGGUACAACAGGUUAUGCAGCACCUGAAAUGCUGGCUGGACGCAAAUAUCUGGGCGAAGAGGUCGACAUAUGGUCCCUGGGGAUCAUUUUUUACACGCUGCUUUCUGGUAGCUUGCCAUUUGAUGACGAUGAUGAGGACGUGAUGAAGUCACUGAUCAUGGCUGGCAAAUUCGACGUCCCUGACUUUCUCAGCAAUGAGGCUCAAGAUCUGAUUUCCAAGAUCCUUCAGCAAGAUCCCAAAGCGAGGCCUUCGAUCGAGAACAUUCUCUCACAUCCCUGG